GGGGUGGCGUGGCUGGGCGCGCGCGGUGUCUCUCGCGAGGAUCCCAGCCUCAAGCGCCCGAUCGAGGAGAGCCAGCACGUUAAGCGUUCGACCAAGCUGCCCCGCGCCGAGGAGGCCGUGGAGCCUCGCAGCGAGGGCGCCAACGGCAAGCGCCAGAUCGAGGCGACCGAGCAGGGCCAGCGCGUGGACCUCGGGAACAAGCGCCCCCGCGUCGAGUCCCAGGUGGCGCCCGCGGAGCCGCGCAGCGAGGGGGGCUCGCGCGAGGCCCGUGCCGCGGGCGUUGCGGCGGCGCGCGUCCCUGGCACUCCAGCUGCUGCUCCAGGCGCCCCAGCUGGUGCUCCAGCUGGCGCAGGCAGCGCUCCAGGCACCCCAGCUGGUGCUGGCGCGGCGCGCGCUGCAGCUUUCCAGCGCAGCGGCGGCGGGGCAGCGGCGGCGCCGCGCGGUGGGAAGCAGCAGAAGGUCAAAGUGGUGACCCCCGUGCAGAGGGCCAAGAACGCGAAGGGGGAUCAAGGCGAUCCCGAGAAGGAGGUGCACCCCGCGGAGGCUUGGGCAUGGGCCAACUCUUCGGCGUUCCUCGGCGGCAUCGAGUCGGCUUUGAACGCCGUGGUCAAGUCCGCAGGUGCCAGGCCCAUCUACAGCCGCCUCUUCUCCGAGGACAUCGAGGUGCUGAAGAAGCAGUCCGAGAAGAGCGCCGGCAACGCGUUCGAGGACGACAUCCAGUCCUUCUCCGCCACCGUGGAGCCGCUGACUAAGAAGCUCGUUUCGGAGAUGCGCUUGCUGCUGCGCCAGCAGUCG